AUGUCUUCAGCCCAAACACACAACGCUGGCCCCUCGAAAGUCUCUAAGUCGAAGCGCAUUCUCUCUGACUCGGAGGACACGAGUGAACGCGAGACAAGCAGAGUAAGAGAGGCAAAGCGACCCCGACAUGCAGACAGUCUCAUCGACAUCGACCAGAAGCGCACAACGAUGGACAAGGACAAGAAAAAGAGGCGUAAGCGCAAGCGCAAGCAAUCGAUUGUUCAGAGUCAGAAUGUCCUACUUGGCGCUGGAGGAGCGCUCAACGCGGUCACUGCACAAGCCGCAGGGCACUCGAGGACUCGCUCAGAGCCUCCAACCGCUCGGCGUCGCCGCCAGACGUCAGUGGGACUAUCUUCGGUGACAUUGGGCAGUCAGAGUCCUGAGGUUCAACCGAAGGAAAUAUCUACCAACGAUAAGGGCAAGGCUAGGGCCUCUCCAGAACUUGAGCGUCCGCCCACGGGCAGUGCCGCCGGAAUUACGGAUCUCACCACACAGCUAACUGCGAAGACUGAUCUCGUCGGAAAACAUACCGCGCUCCUCACGACGUUGCAGCAAUCUCUAACAUGUCAGAUCUGCCUUGAUCUCAUGCAUAGGCCGUAUGCUCUCGCGCCGUGCGGACAUACCGCCUGCUAUGAUUGUCUUUUGUCAUGGUUCCGCGCUCCUCCCGCGGAUAUCCCUCCAGAGGAAGCAACUCAACCCUGGAUGCGCAAGAAGACGUGUCCACACUGUCGCGCGAUUAUCACCGAGAGGCCAGUGGAGAUAUGGACUAUCAAGGACAUGGUCAAUGCCAUUGUUCGCAGUGACCUCGUGGAGCUACCCGCGAGCGCGCCUGCACCGGCGGCCGAGUCAUCGAAUACCAACGCAGACCCUUGGGAGAACAUUUUUCGCAGGGCGACAGCAGCAAAUACCAACGCGCAGCGCCAGACAAUGGGUAUCCACGAUCCAGACGAUGGCGGGGUGUGGCGUUGCGAAGACUGCUUGCAUGAGAUCUGGGAUGGGUUUUGCUCGUCCUGCGGGCGCAUGUACACGGGCCACCUGCCCUGGCCGCAAGACCCCGCUGAUGACGAUUCUGAGUAUGAUCACCAAGAGCUGUGGGACGACGAUGGCGAUCUCGGGGCCGCAUGGAUCGACAUGGGUCCACUUGGCGGGCUAGGAGCAUUAGGAUGGGGUUACGGCUAUUCGGAAGACGACGAAGAUGGAAGCGUCAGUCGCGAUAGCGGAUCCGACGAGGACGAGGGUCACGAUGUUGCUCUGCCGCCGCGACGUGGCCGCCGGCGCUAUUCGCCAGUGCGCGAGGCAGCAGAGGAGCACGAGCGCGCGGAUAGUGAGGAGGACGGGAGCUAUGAGAGUAGCUUUAUUGACGAUGAGGACGAUGUACGGCCUACGUGGCUGUACAAUCCGCUACUUCGGCCGUGGACUCCGGAGCAGGAGCCGUCUUAUGACGAUCAUAACGAGGAGAGCUCUCGCAGCCUCAACGCACGUGUUGGGAGUCGUGCUGCAACUCGAGUUGUGUCUUCAGAAGAGGAAGAGGAGGAGGCUUCUGACGCGCCUGCUCAACAUCCAGGGCGCGUUCAGCGACGUGCGACACAGCUGGUCAUUCAUUCAGACGAGGAAGAGGGCAACGAUCGCGAGGCGUUCGCGGAGGAAGAGGAAGAGGAUGGUGACUUGGCGGAUAUCGUUGCAGCACGAGAGCGGGAGAUAUAUGGCGACGAUGGUUCGGUUCCCCAUUCUCGUUAUGAACACGGACUAGACGAGGACGAUGAGAAUGAGGACAUUUCCGAUGCUCAAGGGACGUGGAGCGACGGUUACGAUCCAGCACCACCAGGGGCUUAUGGAGACGAGGAUGAAAGCAGAGCGUAUCUGUUCUCUGACGAGGACGAGUAUGAGUAUUGACCCAUGUGCAUGUACACGACAGUUCGUAUUAUUGGUGCCUAUGUCGUGUUGCGUUGUGAUGCUUUGCAUGUCGCAUCUUUCUAUCAUAUACUCAUCUAAGUCAUCUUUGUUUUCUC